CAACAACCAUCACUUCACUUCACACCCUUCAAUGCUCUCACACUCACCAUCUACAUAAAUCAGCUAGGGUUUCCUCUGUCAUCUCUCUCUCUCUCUCUCUCUCACACACACACAUCAACCCCACCUAUCUCUCUGCAAACAAGUUCUGUCUAUCUUCCACCCCAAAAACAUGAAACAAAACCUGCACUAUCUCUAACACAAUCCCACACAUUUCCCUUUCCUUUCAUUAAAAAUCCUAACUUUAUCACCCCCCCCCCCCCCCCCAUUUCACUUUCCCUUCAGAAAUCCUGAAUUUUCCUUCCAAAAACCCAGCCUUUCAGAAAAUGGAGACCAUAACUCUCCUCCUUUUUCUGUUACUAAUCUCUUUACCUCAUUCGAAACCAGAUCUCUCACCCGACCAUUCAGCCCUCCUCAGCCUCCGGUCUGCCGUGCACGGCCGGACACUCCUCUGGAACGUUUCGCUGCAGAGCCCUUGUUCAUGGACUGGUGUCAAAUGUGAACAAAAUCGUGUCACGGUUCUCCGGCUUCCUGGUUUUGCACUCACUGGAGAAAUCCCACUUGGAAUCUUCUCAAACUUGACACAAUUACGCACUUUGAGUCUUAGGCUUAAUGCACUUACUGGAAACCUUCCUCAAGAUCUUGCUAAUUGUAAAAGUCUAAGGAAUCUUUAUUUACAAGGGAAUCUUUUCUCUGGAGAGAUUCCUGAUUUCCUGUUUAGUUUGAAAGAUCUUGUGAGGUUGAACCUUGCUGAGAAUAAUUUCACCGGUGAGAUUUCACCCGGAUUUGACAAUUUCACGAGGCUGCGGACUUUGUUUUUGGAGGAUAAUUUGUUAACCGGGUCAUUGCCAGAUUUGAAGCUGGAGAAGCUAAAGCAGUUUAAUGUAAGUAAUAAUUUGUUAAAUGGGUCUAUACCUGAUACAUUUAAAGGUUUUGGACCUAGUUCUUUUGGGGGUACUUCUUUAUGUGGGAAGCCUCUUCCUGAUUGUAAAGAUAGCGGGGGGGCUAUUGUGGUGCCUAGUACACCAAAUGGUGGUGGACAAGGUAAGAGGAAGAAGUUGUCUGGAGGUGCAAUUGCAGGUAUUGUGAUUGGGUCUAUAGUGGGGUUACUGUUGAUUGUUAUGAUUUUGAUGUUUUUGUGUAGAAAGAACAGUAGUAAUAAGUCAAGAUCGAUUGACAUUGCAUCGAUUAAACAAGAGAUGGAGAUUCAAGGGGAUAAGCCAAUUGUCGAGGCGGAGAAUGGUGGAGGGUAUGGAAAUGGGUAUUCUGUGGCCGCGGCGGCGGCGGCUGCAAUGGUGGGUAAUGGUAAAGGUGGGGACUUGAAUAGUGGUGGUGCCAAAAAGUUGGUGUUUUUCGGCAAGGCACCAAGGGUGUUUGAUUUAGAAGAUUUGUUGAGAGCCUCUGCAGAGGUUUUGGGGAAAGGUACGUUUGGGACGGCGUACAAGGCAGUUUUGGAGAUGGGAACUGUGGUGGCUGUGAAGAGGUUGAGGGAUGUGACAAUUUCUGAGAUAGAAUUUAGGGAGAAGAUCGAGACUGUGGGUGCUAUGGAUCAUGAGAAUUUGGUCCCAUUGAGAGCUUACUAUUAUAGCAGAGAUGAGAAGCUUCUUGUUUAUGAUUACAUGUCAAUGGGAAGCUUGUCUGCACUUUUGCAUGGAAACAAGGGAGCUGGUAGGGCUCCAUUGAACUGGGAAAUCAGGUCUGGCAUUGCCCUUGCAGCUGCCCGUGGCAUUGAAUACCUGCACUCUCAAGGUCCCAACGUAUCCCACGGAAACAUCAAGUCAUCUAAUAUCCUUCUUACUCAAUCAUAUGAUGCCCGGGUAUCUGAUUUUGGGCUUGCCCACCUUGUUGGUCCUCCCUCUACUCCUAACCGAGUUGCUGGUUACCGAGCACCUGAGGUAACUGACCCUCGCAAGGUUUCCCAGAAGGCUGAUGUAUAUAGCUUUGGUGUGUUGCUGUUGGAGCUGCUUACCGGGAAGGCCCCCGCCCAUGCCCUUUUGAAUGAGGAGGGCGUGGACCUUCCCAGAUGGGUUCAGUCUAUAGUUCGAGAGGAAUGGACUUCAGAGGUGUUUGAUCUUGAGCUCCUCAGAUACCAGAAUGUUGAGGAAGAGAUGGUUCAGCUCUUGCAGCUUGGAAUAGAUUGUGCCGCCCAAUACCCUGACAACCGCCCAUCAAUGUCCGCAGUAACAAGGAGGAUCGAGGAGCUAUGUCGGUCUAGCCUGCGGGAACAUCACGGCCCACAGCCUGAACCAAGCAAUGAUGCAGAUGAUAACUCAUCUCGAUGAGCUGGCAACAUCAAACCAUGUAUUGUAGAAGGAUCUUCCUUGCUUUGUUUAUGCCCAUAAUUAUCAUUUUUAUUCUGGUGUUUGAUUAUAUGUUUGAUCGGGUCAUCUUUCAUUAGGAGCCAACUGUCAUGUUCUUUUUUUUUUAUCUUGCCCCUCAUCCCCAUUGUACUAAUUUUUCCUCCUUUUUUCCAUAAAUACUGAGGUGGAUAUCUGUUCUAUUUCC